CUCUCGCAGCUCGUUUAGCAAUGGCUGCAGCCAGGAAAAAGCCUCCCGGCUCCGCGUCUCCCCUUUGGACAACAUUCCAGACGUUGUGGCAGGAAAAACAUUUAAUCCUCUUCAAGACCGAGUAUACCUUUUUAGUGGUUUCCGUCUUGUGGCUCUUAGAAAUCGGGAUCAAUGUAUGGGUCAUUCAUAAAGUGUCGUACACUGAGAUUGACUGGAAGGCCUAUAUGGAUGAAGUGGAGGGAGUCAUCAAUGGAACUUAUGACUACACUCAGCUUAAAGGAGACACUGGCCCCUUGGUGUAUCCGGCCGGUUUUGUGUAUAUCUUUACCGCUCUUUACUACAUCACCAGCUCUGGGGCCAACAUCCGUCUGGGCCAAUACAUUUUUGCUAUGUUCUACCUCAUCACCUUGCUCUUAGUCUUCAGAAUAUACUGCCGCACCAAAAAGGUUCCUCCUUACGUCUUUUUCUUCAUGUGUUGUGCCUCCUAUCGGAUCCACUCUAUCUUCGUACUGCGUUUGUUUAAUGAUCCUGUGGCAAUGAUGUUGCUUUUUGCAGCGGUGAACCUUUUUAUCGACGGCCGCUGGUCCCUGGGCUGUUGCAUUUACAGUUUAGCAGUGUCUGUGAAAAUGAACGUGCUCCUCUUUGCCCCGGGACUACUCUUCCUCCUGUUGUCUGAGUUUGGUUUAAUCAAGACAUUACCAAAACUUGGUAUAUGUGCGAGCAUACAGCUCUUGUUAGGUCUGCCUUUCCUCCUGGAGAAUCCCGUCGGCUACAUGAGUCGGGCUUUCGAUCUGGGGCGACAGUUCAUGUUCAAGUGGACGGUCAACUGGCGCUUCCUGCCCGAGUGGCUCUUUUUGAACCGCUACUUCCACUUCCUACUGCUGGUGGCUCACCUGCUGAGCCUGCUGCUUUUCGCCCUCCGUCGCUGGAAGAGGUCUGGAGAAAGCCCACUUGAACUCUUAAAGGAGCCUAGCAAGAGGAAAGUCCCUUCACAGAAAAACACUGUCAACCAGAUCGUGCUCAUCUUGUUCACCUCCAACUUUAUCGGCCUGUGCUUCAGUCGGUCAUUGCAUUAUCAGUUUUAUGUUUGGUACUUCCACACGUUGCCCUACCUGCUGUGGGGUGGAGGUAUUAAAAAGAUGGCCCAUCUGCUCAGGGUCCUCAUCCUUGGUCUCGUUGAGCUUUCAUGGAACACUUAUCCUUCGACGUGCAGUAGUUCUGUAGCUCUCCACGUGUGUCACCUCAUCAUUCUCCUCAGUCUGUGGUUGGCCCCUCCUGCUACAACUGUAACGCAAAGAAAAGCACCAGCCAAGGACAAAUGCCAAUGAGGCACAUUACAAAUAGAGGUGUACCUGUCAGUGCAUCUUCUCACCGAGCGCACAGAGAAUUGCGAAGGGGUCGACUUUUGUAGGAGGGUCUUCAAAGAGCCGUUGUUUACCUGUUAAGUGUCGAAAGCUAUCAAGGUGUCGACCAUCAUGCAGGUAUGUAGAAAUACAUGGAUUCUCAGGUUUCAUUCUUCAACUAUUGAUAGAAAGCGGGGGAUGCAUUUUGAAAUUUGUCACCCUUUGUGCUAUCACGAUACCAUAUGACCUCAUUAGUCAUCGAAUUGAUGAAAAAUGAAUGGCCUUUUUAAGAACUCAUUAGGAAAAACAGUGAAAUACAUCACGUGUAAUAAGAAAACGUGUCAUUUUGUGGAAAUGUUGUAAUGGCAAAAAAUACAAAGUAUGAGUCAAACAUCAGGUUCAGUUUUUACUCAUUUGGUAGAACUUCAACCUGCAUCUUAUUCUGAUAGUCUUCGAGAGACAUCGAGAACGAAAGUGGUAUUUGGUGUGUGGCGAAAUUGAUUUGGCCAUGUUUCAUCAUUUUGGUAUGUGGCAAAAUGGAUUUGGCAUGUGACAUUCUUUUUUCUAUGUGGCAUUUUUUUUGGGUAUGUAGCAAAAUGGAUUUUGGCAUGUGGCAGUUUUUUGGGUAUGUAGCAAAAUAGAUUUUGGCAUGUGGCAUUUUUUUGGUAUGUGGCAUUUUUUUGGGUAUGUAGUUAAAUGUAUUUUGGCAUGCGGCUUUUUUUUGCCAUGUCGCAAAAUGUAUUUUGGCAUGUGGCAUUUUUUUUGCCAUGUGGCAUUUUUUGGGGUAUGAAGCAAAAUUGAUUUUGGCAUGUGGCAUUUUUUUGCCAUGUGGCAAAAUGGAUUUUGGCAUGUGGCAAUUUUUUGGUAUAUGACAUUUUUGCAGGCCAUGCACAUCCCAAAUUUUCCAUUCAUUUUAAAUGACAGAAAUGCAUUUGUGGCUGUGAUUUUUGACCAUACACUUUACAUUGCAGCGCAUUGACAUUCAAGUGGCACCCAAAUAAGGCUCUGCCACAUACCAAAAUCCAUUUUACCAAAUACCAAAAAAAUGCCACAUGCCAAAGUCCAUUUUACCACAUCCCAAAAAAAUGCCGCAUGCCAAAAUUCAUUUUGCCACAUACCAAAAAAAUUGCUACAUGCCAAAAUCCAUUUUGCCACAUACCAAAAAAAUGCCACAUGCCAAAAUACAUUUUGUCACAUGGCCAAAAAAAUGCUACAUGGCAAAAUCAGUUUUGCCACAUACCACUUUUUGUUCUCGACUCUGCUGCUUCUUUUUGAAACAGUUGCAGUAGGUCAAGGUGGAAACAAUUACUGAAUGUAGCAAGUAGUAAUCCGGCGAUUUAAUAGUAUCACAUAGCAAUAACCGAAACAUGUCACAUUUUAUAAUAAAGUAUACAAAAAUAAUCACUUUUGUGUCUUUUUUUCAUGUUGACACUACAACAAAGAGUCCAGGUAUCUAAUGUUGGGAGUAUAUCUUCCCCAAAAUGUAUUAUAUGACUAAAGAGUUGGCAAAUUAUAAG